CGCACGGUGGCGUCCCAGCGCGUCGCACGCACGCUUGGCAUUCGGUCGCGUUAUUUCGUAGUAACUACAUCGAACUUACAUCUAAUGAAAAUUUAUUAAAAGUAAACAUUAUUUGAAAUUGCAAUAUGAAAGUUUGAAAAAAGAAUGUUGUGCGUCAAAAGUGACUGAAUACCGUACAGUUAUAAAUUCCGGUCAUUGUUUUUUAAAACUUUUUGCUGUGCGAUUCGAAAGAUAGUCGAUUCACGUGUGUUUGUUUAAAAGUGGCAAGUAAAAAAGAUUGUCGAAAAAACGAUUAAGUUGCGUGGUAGACAAGAUGUGAAGCAUCAAGGUCAUGGAGGAAGCGGAGUGCAGCAACUGCAGCGUCUACGCUGACCUCAACGACACUCUCGGCCACGGCAAUGCCUCUCACAUCAACAAAUUCUAUUUCUAUCAGACAGCCCAGGUAGCGGUCCUAUGGAUGCUACUGGUGGCCAUCGUGGCUGGCAAUGCCACGGUCAUACUGGCACUGCUACUCACCAAAACAAGAAAAAGCAGGAUGAAUUUCUUCAUCAUGCAGUUGGCCAUAUCUGAUUUAUUAGUUGGAUUAAUUAGUGUACUACCAGAUUUAAUUCAUAGAAUAACUAUAACAUGGCUUGCGGGCUCUAUAGGGUGCAAGCUAAUGAAAUAUUUACAGGGUGUAGUUACUUAUUCGUCUACUUAUGUAUUGGUCGCACUUAGUGUGGACAGGUGUGACGCCAUCACGCAUCCAAUGAACUUCACUGGUAGUUGGAGAAGAGCUCGUGCUCUAAUACUGGGAGCAUGGUUUAUCAGUUUUCUUUUCUGUGUGCCUAUGUUAAUUCUAUUUGACGAAGCUGACGUUGGUAUGCUCCAAUGCUGGUCGAACCUCAGCAAAAUCCAAUGGAGGAUAUGGAUGACGAGCGUAUUUCUAUCGCUGUUCGUCAUACCAGCGCUUAUAAUAGCGGCAUGCUAUGGUGUCAUAGUGGUCACCAUAAGACAUAAGAGCCAGAGGGUGCUCGGCAAGAAAGCCACUGUCGCGAGACAAUACAGUGACGAUCUGGACACCCGCCGAGCGAGCAGCCGCGGCAUCAUACCGAAAGCAAAAAUUAAGACGGUCAAGAUGACUUUCGUUAUUGUCUUCGUAUUCGUCCUAUGCUGGUCGCCUUACAUGAUCUUUGACCUACUGCAAGUGUAUGGGUACGUUCCUGAUACGCAAGUCAACAUCGCCAUCGCGUCGCUUAUCCAGAGCCUCGCGCCACUCAACUCCGCAGCGAACCCUGUGAUCUACUUCAUAUUCUCUAGCCGGAUAUUUUUAAGUCUCAGGAACAUCCCACCUUACAAAUGGUUCUGGUGUUGGAUGAAGUCGAACGAGAGUCCCGCCGGCAACGAGUCGCGUGCGCAUACAGAGCUGCUGACGUCAUCACACAGGAGGACCAGGCGGGAUCUCACUGUCAAGGUCAAAGAGCAGGACAGCAUGGUGUUCCCGAAGCAACGAGUACACCAAUGCAACAGCACGAACUCCAGAAAAGUCCGCCUCCAGCUUCCCGAAGACCAUCAGAUGAAUAACAACUGUCAUCCUCAAAGGAGACGGGACGACACGUUCUUGUAGUGCAUGAUUCAUUACUGUACCCUUAGCACGAACCUAUAUCGAAUUCGAAUAGUUUGCGAGUGCGAAAUGUCAAUGUCAAAUUUUGUAUGGAAACAUGCACAGCAGCGCCACAAAGUACGUAACGAGAACUAAAAAUCAGUACACAUUUGACAAUGACAUUUCGGACUCGCAAACGUUACGAAUGCGAUAUUGGUUCGCGCUAAGGGUACUGAUUAUGAAACAUAACGAGAUUUCUAUUACGAAUUUGACAACGAUUUUACGAAAUUAUAUUACUUUCAAAAACAUUUAAAAUUCAAUAUCGUUUAUUUAGUCUAGGCUGUUACAAGCACUUGUGAAUAUCGAAAAGCUACGCCAUCGGUUCGCAAAUGAAGGCCCGCCGUAGCGGGAGUCCUUGUACUGAGAAGAACCGGCAAGAAACUCAGCAAGGGCUGUUUUUUUUUCCUUGCUUUGAGAACGAAGUUCGGCUGUACCUAAGUACUCAACAUUGGUUUGAGUUUUAAGUAAUUAAUUGUAAAAUAAAAUGGUUCAAUUACAUUUUUGUUUAGCCAGUAAGUUGCAAAAAGGUAUGUAUCAAACGCACGAUAACGUCUAAGAAGAAAACAAACAUUUCACUACAGUAAUACAGAUAUUGAAAGAAGUAGUACAUUACUGCAGUGACGAGCAAAAAAGGCAUUAAUGAAAAACGUGUAAAUGUUGGCUGAAGCGAACCGAGGAUACAUACGUAAGUCCAUCAAUGCCUAGUUGUGGCCGUGGCUUGUAUACUGCCGUCCUCAAACUAAAGUGCGGCUAUCUGACAUGUGGUCGAUUUUUCAGUCUUAAAUUGCAUCUUAUACAAUGUUUAAUUCUCUAUCGAUCUAUCUUUAACGAGUGUUCGUAUCUUUUAUAGUUUGAGUCUUAAAAAUCUGUCAUUUGAUGAAUGGUUACAAAAUAGCAAUAAUUUAAAGUUUACGAGCCGUUUUUUGACCAUAUCUAAAAAAAGUUGAUUUUAUCAUUAAGCCGCGUUUUAGCUUGAGGACGGCAUUAUAGUACUUUUCUCAAAUAAUAGGUGGAAAUAAAAACUAAAUAGUCCCUAUUUAGGCAGAACUUGUUAUCUCAAAAUUAUAAAAAUUAGAUAACUGCCUACUUUUUAACAUCAAUAACGAACAUGAGUUUGGAAUAAUUUGCAUUUUUUUACCUGAUUUUAAUAAUAAGUAAAAUAAAACUAAGCAUUUUUAUUUUUAUUUUUUAUGUUUUUAAGCAUUUAACUGCUAGAUGUUGAAAUCUAAAGAGAAUUUUACUAGAAAAGAUUCCACGUGGACCAGGCAGCAGACGGGACGUAGUAUUUUACUAAGCAGUUUUUUUUAUGUUACUUCAUCGCCUUUCGAAGUUCGUGAUCUGUGAGACUUGUAACAUUGUAGUGUCUCUUGACUUAAUAAAGAAAUUUGGUUUAUUUGCAACCAUAAAUUCGACAAAGAUCCCGUCAAAACACUGUUUAAUGUAUUGUUUACAUUCCAACAAUGUGACACAAACCAUUACAUUUCAGAGGGGCGACGGAUCAUGUUCCUUUAACAAAUAUUAUUGUUAUUUAAAUUAAGUUGUUUUAUAACUAUUUUAAAAACAAUUUGCAUUUAUUUUGUUAUAUUCAUAGUGUCAUACUGAUGCAUAUAAAUUUCAAUAUAAGUAUAGUAAGUAAUGUGAUUAUAUAGAUAAAGUUGAGAAAUUUUAAAUUCCUUUUAGUAAACAUUGUUUAGGUACAUCAGUAUAAUAUCAGAACCCAAUCAACAUCAAGCAAGUUUCAAAUUUACUUAUGAAAACAUAUUUUUUUCAUAAACAAUUUUAUAAAUAAACAAACAAGAACAAAAACACACUCAUUAUCUUUAUAUUGAUCCAAUGUUCAUCUGAGAAAUUUUUAUAUUUUUUUAUAUUGCAUUAAUGAUUAUUGUUUAAAAAAAUAUAUAACGUCUAAUCUAAUAUAAAAAUGGGAUCAAAUUGUUUUCGAAAAAGAAAGUUAUACGAAUAAAUGUAUUUAUCUGUAAAUAAGUGAAUGUAACACAAAAUAUUACAAAUUAAAUUUAAUAUGGUAAUCAAAACCUUAUUAUUUUCUUGGUAAUGUAUUAUUGAUCUGUUAUGUUAUUUGAUCUCUUCUGUAUGGUGGGCCCCGGGCAUCAAUUGUACCCUGGCUGUCAAAAUAGCACUCUGGUCUAAAUUAUAAUGAUUUUCUUGGGUGAUUACGAAGUCGACGAAAACCCACAGCUUUGUUUGGGUAACAAAUAGGGGACAUUAAUAUCGAAGUUAUAUAAAGGCUGUACUCACACCGAGUUAGCGGCUGCGAGUUACAAUCUCAAUCAGCUGUUUUAUAUAGUUAGCGAAUAUUUUAUAAAUAAGGGAUAAUUUUAAACUGUUGCUAAACAUCGGCAACCGUUGGAGACGCUCAAACAAUUGAGGCGAACUUUUAAUUUAAUCCACAAUCUUUUUUUAAGUAACUACAAUUACUACAAUUGCUUAAAAAUAUGUCUGAACUUUGACAAACGUCCCAAAUCUUUCUUUUUCUGAAUUUGAUGUCAAAUUAAAUGUCUUUCGCUAACUCCAGUGUGGAAGCCGCCCUAUCUGUCAAUGGCAAAUGCUUGCCUCAAAGUGGUAAUUUGUUUCAGUAUUCUGAAAUAGGUACUGAACUUAUGAAACUGAUCCUGUAACCAUUAACCAAUUACAGAGCAUCCAGGAGGGGCGUACGCAUAUACAGAUUUUUCUCUUUAUUGGAAACGCUUCCCUUUAUAUGGUAUACAAAAAUAUAUAUAUAUAUAUAUAUAUUAAAUCGCAGACUAUCAAAUAAAACAGUUGAAUCAAAAACUUGAUAAAAAAAUGGGCCUAUAAACAAUGUAUGUGUGCAAGAUUUGGCGGUGCAUUGUACCAUUGUUUAUGUACGUGUGUCGUAAAUACAGUUUUCAUUUUUACGCAUGUACGUUAAACGGCAUCAAUUCUUGUGUAACAUGCACUAAAUGGAAGAAUGAUUCGAAUAAUAUUAUAUCACUCAAUAUCUAAAAAAGAAUAAUGUUUUAAAACUAAUACUAGUAUAUAUAGAUAAAAAUCAAUUGCUGUUCGUUAGUCUCGCUAAAACUCGAGAACGGCUGAACAGAUUUAUCUUAUCUUGGCUUUGAAAUGUUCGUGGAGGUCUAGGGAAAGCUUAAAAGGUGAGAAAAAUAAUUAUAUAGUGACUAUAGUCUGCCUACACUACAGCUCUACAGCGAAGCGAAGCGAGGGUGGGCCACUAGUUUUAUAUAAAGAUGAAUACAUACAACAGUAGGUGUAGAACUUCAAAUUACAUUAUUUAUUGGAAUUCCAUAUCGAAUAAUUUGUCUGAAAACCAAUCCAUCUUUUCUUUCUGAUGUUUAGAUUGAGUUUCCUGAGAUUCGAUUUCCUCUUUAAUAUCGAAUACUAUGUGUAACAUAAUUUAUAUUGAGUACUAGUGUGUAACAGAUUUGUGACCUAUUUUAAUACUUUUCAUGUAAAAGCAAAUUAAUACAGGGAUUAAAUAUAUAAAAGAAAAAUAUUUUACGAAAACAUCACACAAAUCUUUAAAAAAAAUAUGAGACGAUCAGCUUUUCUUACUUUUUAAUAUUAAAAGAAAAAAAAUGAUGAUAAAUUUAAUAAGUAUAUAUUACGUACUCACAUUUUAUUUUUAUACAAUGUAUUUUUUCUGAUAUUUUUUGUAGCUGAAAUCAUAUAUUUUCGCAAUUUUAAAGAUACAGAGUAAACAAAUACACUGUAUUAUUAGCAGCUAAAAAAAUCUUUUUUUCAUGGAUCAUUAUUGAUAAUGUCAUCAUUGUUUUCAAAUUAAAUGAUAAUACUAAUAAACCAAAGCAUUUAAGUAAUACUGAAGUUAAUAUAAGCUGUAUAAUUACUAAGUAAUUUAAGUGAAUGUGUUGUUGGUACCGGUGCCAAAAUCGAUGGGAGUUAAACUCGAGUCAUUCGAUGUUAAAAUUAAAAUAUUUAUUAUAAAAUAAAUGUUAUAGCUAUUAACGGGAUUGUUACCACGUACCUUGUUUUUUAUGAGUCUUCAAUCUGAUACUGUGAGUAUUGUGUGUCGGGAACAGGUGCGAGUGAAUAGUGAGAAUGUGACCAGUGGUAGUGGUAUCGAGCGCAGUAAAAGACGACGUCAGCGGGUAGACCGAUAUGUCUGCCAAUAACAUCUACCCGCAAAUGCUUCAGUUACUCCGUGAUCAUGGCGCUCGGAGACUCAUAAAAAAUAAGGUACAUGGUUACAAUGCCGUUAAUAGCUAAAAUGUUAGUGACCAUGAAAGUUUAAAACAAUAUAAAGUUAAAUGUGUCAUGUAAUGUAAAUUACUAUUUUAAGUAUUGAAAAUUU